UUGGGGAGAUGACUAUGAGUCAAAAGCUAACCAUUCAAGAAAAGGGAAUAACCGCUUAUGAAUUCCAGAAGGACUCCAUGUUGACAAAUAACGAUUUGAUGAUUAUUAAUCGAUUCGAGUUGAACUUUUUCAAGAAUUUUGAAUGCUCCACCCAAACUAACUUACCGGUACCGAUGAAAAACGAAGUUUAUUACUUUGAAUCAAAAAUUUAUUCAUUACCCCACCCUGAAGAUACGUUAAUUUCUAUCGGAUUAAGUAUUAAACCAUACCCUUGGUUCAGAUUACCAGGACGACAUGCCCAUUCUAUAUGCUAUGACUCCGAUGGUUAUAGAAGAUAUAACCAACCAUUUAAGUUCACCAAUGAUCCGCCAUUCCCUAAAUUAGCCCAAGGAGAUGUAGUUGGAGUCGGUUAUAAAACCAGAUCAGGAACUGUGUUCUUCACCCGUAACGGAAAGAAGGUUAGCGAAUCGAGAAUAGGCGGUCAUGUUAAAAACUUCAAGAUUGCCAAUUUCGGUCAACUUUUCCCAACUGUGGGAGCCAAUAAUUUAUGUUCGAUCCACGUUAAUUUGGGCCAGCGUGGAUUUGUAUUUAUAGAGGGGAAUGUUAAAUCUUGGGGGUAUGCUCCUAUAGAAGGUAACGGACCAGCACCACCUGCAUACCGCAAGUUUAACUCUGACAUUUUAUUAGAGAGAUCAGAAGUGGAUGACGACAAUAACGAUCUCAGUGAACGCGAGGAUGACUUCCCACCUGAUUUCUGGGAAGUGCAUGGUGAUCCAGACAGGAUGGAGUCGUCAUCUCCUCCACUUAUUGAUCAAGAUAAGUUUAGCUACAAUGCCUAUAGCGAUGUUGAAUCGAAUGCGGAAAGGAUAACUUUGAACAGUUUAGUACCGCCAAAUACACCGCCUGCCUAUAAUGAAGAGCUCAGUAUAGGUUCAUCUCAAGAGGUUAUUACUGAGCAAGAAGAUGAAGUAGAAACCAAUGCAAGUGCGCAACUGGCAACAGAGCUGGAAGAAUCGGAAAUUCCAGAUGACCAUAGUGAUUCUCGUUUAUAUGAAGAAGAAACUGAGGAUAUGGAAAUGGAAUUUACUCCUGAAGUGGAGACAACAGCUGCAGGUGAAUGUCAAGAUGAAACUCGCGAGGAUAUUGAAGAACAACAGUAGCUAUACAUAGGCAAUUUUUUAAUGAAUAAUUACGAUAGGAUUUCUUAGCUUUUGAUACACAUUUAAUUUAGUUAGUUUCGCGGUGUAGUUUUAUCAAAAUUGGUUUCUAGAGAUACCUAUAGGACCGAAAGAUCACAAACCAAUAAAUCUCUCGGAUAACUGCCGGGAUCACAACUAUAUUAGUUACUCCACUUCCUACUAACAAAGAGGCUUGCAGGUAAAGAGAGUACUCAAAACUUGUGCCAAACACGACUCCCCUCAAGGCAUUCCAUGCCGUUGCCCGACAUGAAAUUCUGAAAUGGAAAUGUUAAGCGAAGUUUAUGUGUAAAAUCGUGUGUUUGUGCCUUAAAACCCCAAACCUCUAUGCAUGCAAGGUAAACCCCACAAAGAACGUUUGUCUCCGCUCGGAGAAGUUGUUGGGUCUUCGACAGGAACAAGUAAUACUUUCCUUGCUUGAUUGUUUCCCAAUUAUAAUCAAGCUUGAAAAGUUGGGAUAUUUUUAGUUUUGAAUUAGAGGAACCGUUUAAUCCCGAGUCUAUCCGUUCUCGUGAGGGGUUGCAAGUAACAAGCUCUCUUUGUAACUGCUUUCGCUUUUCGUGGUAGACAUUUCUUUUUCUGAGUACACACCUAACAGUGUAACAUUUGUCGAUUUGAUGUGGAAUGUGUUACAUUUGCCGAGAACCAUUGUCAUUUUCUGGGGAGCAUAGUCUCAAUGUGGGGGAUACUUUUGGAAGUUUGAGAAAUUCCC